AUGCGUCACCGAACACCGAUCAUAGAAGCCCGCAGCCAGGGUCACCACGAUGUUGUGCAAUACCUGCUUCGUGCAGAGCACACUGAUGCUGCAUCCAAAGUGGACGAAAGUGGACAUACACGCGUUCCUGCCACUACUACUACCACCACCGCUACUGCUACUGCCUCUCUCAUGGCACGUAAUGCCCAACCCUUCAACCCUGUCUGCACGACACGCUACUGCUACAAAUGCGUGCCACUGCGACCACUCCCCCACCUAUGCUAG